AGCCGUCACAACCCCACUGGCCCAGGCAAACCAGCUUUCACUCGCAAUUCGCAGUGGAAACAUAAUCAAGCUCGAGGACGACGAUAAAUCUGGCUUCAGAGCCUUGAUAUCAUCCGGGAUUUCACCGUGGAGGCAGCAUCAGCACGAAUGGCCGCCAGGGACCGCUUCGGCGGUUUCGGUGAGCCUGCGACUACUCCUCUCCAGCGGUAUAUCUUAAAUGCCUGCGACCCUCAGAACUUCGAACCGAACCUUGCGCUCAACCUCGAAAUUGCGGACACGAUCAAUGCGAAGAAAGGCAAUGCGCCCCGGGAAGCUGCAGUUGCCAUUGUGCACUAUAUUAACCACCGAAACCCUAAUGUCUCUAUGCUGGCGCUCAACCUACUUGACAUCUGCGUAAAGAAUUGCGGAUACCCAUUCCAUCUCCAAAUUAGCACCAAAGAGUUUCUCAAUGAACUGGUGAGGCGGUUUCCUGAGCGGCCGCCGAUGCAUGCGACUCGUAGUCAACAAAAGAUACUGGAGUUGAUAGAAGAAUGGCGGCAGACUAUAUGCCAGACCUCGCGGUACAAAGAGGACCUGGGCUUCAUUCGGGACAUGCACCGACUUCUCAGCUACAAGGGAUACGCAUUUCCGGCCGUAAGACGUGAAGAUGCUGCGGUCUUAAAUCCCAGCGAUAAUCUUCGGUCUGCAGAGGAAAUGGAAGAAGAAGAGAAAGCUGCUCAAUCUGCGAAGUUACAGGAACUUAUUCGAAGAGGAGGGCCUCACGAUUUACAGGAAGCUAAUAAGCUUAUGAAAGUAAUGGCUGGAUUCGACACACGAAAUAAGACAGACUACAGGGCGAAGGCAGCUGAGGAAGUUGGGAAAAUUCAACAGAAGGCAAAGCUACUAGAGGAGAUGCUACAAGGCUACAAGCCAGGAGACGAGAUUAAAGAAGGAGACGUCUUCCAGGAAUUGGCAAGUGCGCUACAAAAUGCUCAUCCCAAGAUUAAGAAGAUGUGUGAGGAGGAAUCAGAAGAUCAAGAGGCUGUUGCCAAGCUUCUGGAAAUUAAUGACAGUAUUAAUCGGACAAUAGAGAGAUACCGACUGAUCAAAAAGGGCGAUAUCGAAGCCGCUUCAAGAAUCCCCAAGGGUACAUUGGGGACAAGUGGAGCUGGGGUCCAGAAGGGUCCUGACAAUGAGUUAUCUUUGAUUGACUUCGGUGGUCCUGAUGAUAUAGCCCCGACUGAAGAUAACUCUACCGCGGCACCGCCUGCUCCACCCCCGAAAGGGAACGCCCUUGAAGACGACCUGCUUGGCUUGUCCAUUGGCGGAGGAGGGACUUACGGUCAAACUGGUGGGAUCUCCUUGGGAAUGAGUACCAAUAAUGGAGCAGCAAAUCCAACCUCAUCAUUCCAACAGCAAACAUAUCAGCCAUCUCAGUCACAGGCGAACCACGGCCCCCCAAUCGGUUUCAUGAGUAAUGGCGCUGCGUCUCAGACCUUUACAGCUUCACAACCUUUCUUUCCAACGCAGAAUCAACAGAUACCAACAACGCAGCACGUUUCCAAAGCGUCUGAUCCCUUCGCUGCACUCACAUCACCAAGUACACGACAGUCGUCUCCAUUCCAGUUCCAUCAAUCGGCCACUCCUAUACCUCAGACAGCUAACAGCAACUCCCUGCUUGACAUCGACACCGGAGCUGCAUUAACACAGACGCAACCAACGCCCGCAGCAGGGACAGACGAUGAGUGGACAUUUUCAUCCGCGCUCCCAGAUACUUCAUCGGAGAUUGUUGUGACGAGUACCAGUGUGAAUAUUACGUUUCACGUGUCUCGCCAAUCUGAUGAUGUGAUUCUAAUCAAUUCACGAGCAUCAAACAAUACACCCCAGCCUGUAUCGGACUUCACGUUCCAGCUUGCCGUAACAAAGGGGUAUACACUAAAGCUCGAGCCGCAAUCGUCACGAAUGCUCAGUCCUUCACAAAGUAAUGGAAUAACACAAACCAUUCGUUUGCAUGGCGUCGAACAGGGUAGAGGAAAUGCAGUCAAGAUUCGCUGGAAAGUGAGCUACCUUGUGGGUGGUGUACAAAGGAAGGAUGAAUCGGGCGAGAUAUCGAAUUUGGGUGUAGCAUGAAGUGAGUGCGUGCUCUAGCGAUAAGAGGCUUGGAGCUAUAUGUUGUCAGGCCACGAGCAAUGGAAGAGACAUUUUAAGCAUGGCAUGACAAAAUACUUGGCCAGUAGACAGACUGUUGUGAUUUUCAGAGGCGACCAGGACAGUCUUAAAUGUCCUAAACUCCACUUGAACUGUGUGUACCUGAAUCUUGAGGCAUCAAGCUAGUAUAUCCCAACAGGGU